AUGGAACAACACAGUAACGAGUUAUUUGAUGUAGACAGUGAUGAAAGUAUAAUAAAUGUAUUAACAAACAUGAAUUAUAAUAGUGUUCACUCAUUCCAACACACAAAUAAUAAUUCUACUGACGAAUUUCAAAUUACCAUUGAGCCUUCAGAUGAUAAAUCUAAUUAUGAGGACAAUUUUAUGUUAAAAAAACUUCUCACAGAUUGGAAACUUGAAAUUGUAUAUCAAAGAUGUUUAGAUCAGGAAAUUGAUGUUGAAACAUUACAGUACAUACAAAAUCAUCAUAUACCAAUGUUAUUGGAAGGUUUUAAACUUGGUGUCAUGAUAAGAUUUGAGCAUUAUGUAAAGAAAUAUCAAAACCUUUCAAAUAAUCAUAGUGAUGUACCAGAAAUAAAUUCAAAAAUUACUACAACAAAUGAAUUGCCUUGUACUUCAGUUCAACCUGAGGCUUUUUUUAAAAAAAAGGAAACUAUUGAACUAGUACAAAUGUUAUCAAAUAAUACUCAAGGUUCUUUAAUAUUUGACUAUUUUAAAAACCAUAACAUGUUAAAUGACAGUUGCCGAAAUUUACUGAUUGAGAUUAUCAUAAGUGAUUUGAUAAAGAAGGACUUGACUAUGACAAUAAAAUUAGCAAAUUAUAUUGCUGAUGCUAUUGUUACUGUUUUUCCAUCUGAAAUAAAGGAUGUUUAUUUUAUCAAGGACUCAAUAAAAAAAAGUCCCAAAGGAAAAUUAUACAGGGUGUCCCACUGA